AUGAAGCUGUAUAUGUUCAUUUUCAUACUCCCUGCUAUUUUCAGAGCUAAAACUCAAGUUGUACACAACUCUUUUGUAUUUACUGGAUGCUCUGAUACAGAGAAGGAGGAACUUUAUGGAACAGAUGGAGAGGAGGUUUUCCAUUCAGACUUCAUUGGGAAAAAGGGAUUGUUGACACUGCCUGAUUUUGCAGAUUUUGUCAACUCCACCAGCUAUGAUGGAUUUUAUGAACAGAGUGUUGGUAGUCUAGAAGUCUGCAGAAAUUACUUAGACAUACAAAUAAAAGCUUACAGUGGCUCUGAUGAAAAAACAGAACCCCCUCACACUUCCAUCUACUCCAAAUAUGAUGUGAUGGUGGGUGUUGAGAAUGACCUAAUCUGUCACAUGACUGGGUUCUUCCCACCACCUGUGAUCAUCUCAUGGACUAAGAACAGUGUGAAUGUGACAGAGUUUAUGAAUAGCCAGUAUCGCCCAAAUCAUGACGGCACAUUUAACAUCUUCUCCCAUCUGAAGAUCACCCCUGAAGAGGGAGACAUUUACAGCUGCACUGUGGGACAUAAAGCUAUUCUGGGCCAACCUCAGACCAAAACAUGGGAAGUUGAUGUUGCUCUGCCUGGUGUUGGUCCAUCUGUGUUCUGUGGAGUGGGAUUGACUCUGGGGCUGCUGGGAGUGGCUACUGGAACUUUCUUCCUUGUUAAAGGAAACAACUGCUACUGACAAGGGGCAAAUCUAGGAUCAGAUUUAAGUACUCUUUAUUGUCAUGAAGCACUUAUGUACUUAUGCUUGACAACAAAUAUAUGGCCAUUCCAUGUCAACUCAACCAGAGGACC